AUCAUCCUAAGUCAUCCUAAUUAAUAUUGGGCUACUUUUGGGGCUAGUAUUCGGUGGACUAUGGUGGUGCACAACAAAAGUGUAUUUUAUUUUUUAAUGUCUGGCAAAACCCCCCGCCUGGCCUCAGGCCCAUCAGAAUAAUGGAAGAAUUGGUUCAUGACCUGGUCUCUGCUCUGGAGGAAACUUCCGAGCAGACCCGAGGAUGUGCAGAGUUUGGGGAUGAAACUCGGAGCUCAGCUGCGUGCCUUCUGAAACGUCAGGCCAGGAAAAGGAGAGGCAGAAAAAGGCGAUCAGACACUGGCCAUCACAUCUUGGAGCAUGGCCACUGCCUGAGUGAGGGCUCCGAAUCCAGUCUGGAUGAGGCAAUCCGGGACUACAGGGAGAAUAACAACAAUUACAGCGACUCUGAUGACCACCUGAUUGUUGCCAAACGCCUCUCUUCUCUGAAUGUGACAGCAGUCAGGGGGAAAAGACACUCAUGGCAUGAGUCGGAUUCCAUCACCGACAGUAACUUAGCUGGUAGAUCUUUGCGAAGGAGGAGGAAGGUCAAGCGUAUGGCUAUAGAUCCACCAGCAGAGGUCAGUGAUGCACUUCACCCACUGACCCAGGGCAAAGCUCAAGCCAUGGACCCAGAAAGGCACCAAGCAUCACCAAACCAGCUCCAUCUCCAAGUCCAGGAGAUCAGUAAGGACAAGAUCACCAAAAGAAAGCUUUCCUCUACCAGAGGGCUAGAAAUUCAGGAUGAAGGAGUGGUAGUGGAAAGUGAAGAAAUGUGCAACACAAAUAAGGACAAAAUGGAGUACGAAGAACAGAAAGGCUCAGAUGAUAACAUGAGUGACAGUGAAUCCAGCAGCCUCAGCAGUAGUGAUGCUGGCUUGUUUACCAAUGAUGAAGGGAGGCAAGGUGAUGAUGAACAAAGUGACUGGUUCUAUGAAGGGGAGACUGGUGGGGCCUGUGGUAUCGCAGGAGUCAUCCCCUGGUGGGAGCAGGAGGAUGCCCUGGCACUGGAGAGGGAACUGCCUGAUCCAGUCUUUGAGAGCAUCUUAACUGGCAGCUUCCCUCUCAUGUCACAAGCAGCCCAGAGAGGUUUUCAAGCAAGACUUUCCCGAUUGCCUGGAAUGUCAAAUAGAAUUGGCAGAAAGGGGCCCCGGAAGCUUUCCACAAAGAUUAACACUCCUGGGUCUGGCAGUAAUGAGAGACUGGUCCACUUCUCCCAGGACCCCCAUCACCAAGACCUUUGGUUCUGCCCUGGGGCCAGGAAGGAUCAUAGCCAGCUCAGUUACCUGCGAGAAGUGCAUGGUGACAGAACACCCAGAAAGACCAGCUCGUUGCGAUCACCUAGUGGACAAACAAAUGUUCAUUUAGGAUCACUGUGCACGGGAGAUAUCAAACGGAGAAGAAAAGCAGCACCUCCCCCUGGACCUUCAGCAGCAGCAUUUAUAGGUGAAAACGCCCACCCCAUCCCAGAUUCCAACAUCGGUAGUCGGAUGAUGCAAAGCAUGGGUUGGAUUCCUGGCACUGGCCUUGGACCAGACGGCAAAGGGAUUGCAGAGCCCAUUAGAGCAUUACAGAGACCAAAAGGGGUCGGACUUGGCUUCAGCUGACAGACAGGUAAUCAACCCAACAGAAACCACUCCCAACAGCCUCAGCUCAGAAUCGUGUGAAGACAUUGGAAUAUGUGGCAAGGAAAAUAACAUUGUUAUAAAAAAAGACCCUUAAUUGUUUUAAAUUCAACACACAUGCUUAUUUUAGAAUAGGUGUCAGAGCUGAUUUACUGUCUUAAUUGUUAUGAAGGUUUUUUGAUAGCAGGAAAUGAAUUUGAUUACUGUACACUGAUGCACAAGUCCAAAGGUCUUUGGGGACAAUAAUUCCAUUCCAUCCAAAGUUGUGUCUGCAAGCUGACUGAGGCUGUGGAUGUGAAUUUAUUAUGAAAUAUGGCAGUAGUAUGAAUCUUCUGCUGUCCGGUGUAUGAAUAUCUCUGUAUGAUUUGCAAGUUGUCAUCCUGUUCCAACUGCUGUGCUUCUAUUAAAAAAGUUGCUGAUAAUGUGGUGCUGAAAAGUGGUAACAUUAUUCCAAUGAAGAACCAAGACAAUGUCCAACUGUCCUACGAAGUUGCAAAACAUUUUUUUAGUGAUUGGAAACUCAAAUCACUUUUGUUGCUAUUGCCAUGUAUUUAUUUCAAAUUCGACAUUGUCAUUUUAUUCGCAGAGAAAUAAAACAAUAUUUCAGGAAAAAUACCAAACAAAACUGUACAUUGUCCUGGUCUUUGUCAUGAAAGGAAUGGUUAUUUAUUGCAUGGAAUAAAUCAAAUGUUGUUAAAUGGGUCCCAUAGUGCUAAAUAUACACAAAUUCAUUUAGAUUUGUAGGUUAUUCUGUAGUGCCAUUUUUUUCACGUGUGAGGACAACAUGAUGCUUUCAAACUUCAGUAAAGAGCCGUUGGCACGGUGCUAUAUUCAACCAUCCAAUAAUCAUUGCUGUGGUUGUGAUGUGUCCUGAUAAAAGGAGCAGGGAACUGAAUGUGAAGCUGAGUGCUUUCAUGAGCCUGAGGUACUGUGUUCCAGCAUAAAACCCACACUGGAUCAUUUAUUGUAACUAAUAGCAAACAGAACCGGCUUAAAAUUUUUCUUAGAAUCCAAGAUGGUAUGAUCCUGCUAUGAUUGGUACCACACAUUUCAGGAAUGUGACAUUUUAGUGUGCAUCUCUCAACUAAUUGAAUUGCUCAGUUCUGCUAAUCUAUCCAUUGAAGAGUAUUACAGAUUGUUGCAAAACAUCGGAUUUCAUGUCCGAAACAGCACUUAAAUAUUUUUUAAAAUAAACAAAUGGUUACAAAUAUCUUACCUACAGGAGGUCUUUCAUAUAUUGUAAUUAAAGUCAUUUCUGUUGGACAAUAGAUACCAGAGUCCUAAACAUAUCUGUAGAUGGGUGAUUACAUGGCAGCUAUGGUGGCCUAUUUGCCUGAAAGUUACUGUUCCAUUUAAUUUCAGCUUCAAAUGUGUAUUCUAUCGUAAAACUCCAACAUGCUGCUAAUAGCAAGGAAUAUAUCAUAGUUAACGAUUUUUGGUGACAAGUCAAUAUGGCAGAAUUGUGUAAAAUGUUUGAUGGUUAAAAAGAUUUACAAUGGUAAGAUAAAUAAAAUAUGGGCAAAAAAAGUUUAUGUAGAAAUAGUACAGGUAAUAUAGAUAUCUUGAACUCAAGUACAGUAUUUAGUUGUGCUUUACUUAAUACAAUCAUUAUUCUCUGUAUUACAAAAUGAUUUUUUAAAAUUUAGCAAGUAAAAGGCAAUUAAUAUAGUAUUUAGCAGAACCAGCUCAACAUGGUGGCAAAAAUUUGAAAUGAUAUACCUGCUUGUUUAAUGGAUUUGACAUUACUUUGACUUUUAAUGUCAAUUUUAUUUAGCAGACAGUUACUAUUAUUAUCAAUGAUUUGAUACCCUCGAAACUUAUAGCAGGUGUGGGUAUCAAAAUCAGUUAGUGGGCCAGUGGCUGAUUAUCUCCCUUUGAACAGAGCAAGGUUUCAUUGUAAUGCAGUUUGAAAGCUGACUUAUCUGUUACAUGACACAACAUGGUACUUGAGAACAGAGCAGCAGUGCCUGUGUCAAGUGCCUUAAUUGGGUAAUUCUACUUCAUGACGUAUUUUAAAACAACUCGAGCCACAGGGUUACAGGGCUAAAACGUGUGGUACCACACUCCUGCAUGAAAGAAAUGGAAAAUCAGACCUUUUUUUUAAGUUUGCAUGUCACAAUUGUAGAUGUACUGUUUUUGCUGCAGAGACAGUAAAUGUUGCUCCCCAUGAGGAAUAUGGGAAUACAUGACUUAACAAUUCUUAUGGGAAAAAAAACAAGAUAUAUUUAAGAUAUUGAACUGUUAUUUUAUGCAAUAGAUCUAAAUGGAUAGGAACUGCUUUGAACCAAGUUUAUUUGUAACAUGCAUAUAACCAUUAUGAGAGGAAGCAUUGAGCCUUGGAAGCAAUUUAGUGAUAAGAGUAUAGCUUAUGUAGGUUAAACUGUACAAUUAAAAGUUCCUUUGGGUUUGUUCGUAUGAAGCAUGGCUUGAAUGAGACAGACUAGCAGAUAUUUAUCAAAUUACCAUUUAUAUAGUGAAAUAUAGAAAUCAAGCAACUUUGCAUUUAAUCUGUUGGUCAGCUAAUUCCAAGGUUUUUAACAAUCAAAAUUGGGAAUUAAAAUCUAGCUUUUUUCUGUCUAGAAAUGUUUCUACAAUUUUCAAUAACAGUAAAGUGGAGUAUCACAGUGGGAUCUAGACUGAUUUAUCCUUUAUAGCUUGUGUAUCUUGUGCCUGUACUUGAAUUUAAUGUGCAUGAUGUGAAAUGUCUCGUAUGCCUAUUCCAUACUGGCAGGUAAACUUGCAAAUUUGUCAUGUAUUGUGUCGCCAUGUUUAGCAGUGUUGAGAAUCAGUAUUAUUUCUCUGUACAAAUUCUUUCUGAGAGAAUUCAAUUGUUCUUGGACUUAAACUGUUUUUAUAGAAGUUCCAACGUUUUUAACUCUGCAUAACUGACCCUUAAGAUGAACCUUAUCAGACCUUUUGCAAGUAGGUAAAUAAAUGAGCACCACGACCAA